CAUCAUCCAUGGGUACACGCCUUUGUUUUCCUGGCCAAUGAGAGUUGAAUGCGAUGUGAUUAGCACCUGAUUAGCACGACCCAGGCCAGGACAGAUUUUAAUGCUAGAAUUUUUUGGUUGUCUUGUUCAGUGAGCAGGGAGAGAAGAGGCAUAGGAUUGCAGAAUAUUAAGAGGAUAACUCCACUCCACUUCAUCUCCAUGGAUCUCUCACUUUCACCCUCUGUUUCUGACACUGUCUGUGUGCUCUGGGGCUGUGAGCUGAAUGACACCCAGAGAAAGGCAGUGUUUGAAAUAGCGGAGGAUUUGUUGGAGCAUCAGUUCUUUAUCCGAACGAUGUGUCUGAGUGCAGAGGCCAGUAAGGAGAUGCAUGUGGUGGAGGUACAGGACAGAGUUGGGGAAUGCUGCAAGCCAGUGCCCAUUGCCACACUUCACCCUAUGUGCCAACCUAUGGUCAGUUUCAGUGGGUUUGAGCUCAUCCCACCUGUCAUCUUCAACCUUCGCUCUGGGCAGGGCCCCCUCUUCAUUUCUGGACAGCAUUUGACAUUGGUCUAUGAUGAUGAUGAGGAGGAGGAGGAGAAGGAGGAGGUCUUCUCAUCAACACCCCCACUUGACACCCAACAGCAGGACAAUGGAACCCUUGUGGACACUUCAUCUAAUGAGUUCUAUAUAUUAUUGACUGUGACAUCAUUAUGUGUAUCUGAGAUUAUUGUCUCAAAAGUAUGGGGUGGGUUGGUUCAGUUUUCAGUUAAUAUGGUGUAAUCUUCAAGACUGCAAUUCUAUAG